AACACAAAAGAAAAUGUAAAAAAAAUAUUUUUGCGACGAGUUUAAUGACUUAGUGGCAUUAUUAAGAUAAACCUUGAAGAUCUCAAUAACUCCUUAAAAAAAAAAAUUCUGGGUACAUGAGGAGUUGUGUUUGUGUGUUAAAUCAUCAUGUUCUUCAGGAGCUGGACGCGAUUCAGACUCGUGUACUGGAAAUGGAGGAGGCUGAAGAGCAGUAUGAAGCAGACAGACAGUUCCCGUACAACCCUCAGGCAGGAUUGUUCUACAGUAUGACCCAUGAAGACAGAAUAGAUGCUGACAAGAGAUCCAUCUAUGUGGGCAACGUGGAUUACGGCGCAACCGCAGAUGAAUUGGAGAUGUACUUUAAUGUAUGUGGCCAUGUGAACAGAGUAACAAUCCCAUAUAACAGAUUCACAGGCCAUCCGAAAGGUUUCGCUUACAUUGAGUUCUCAGAGAGAGAUUCAGUGCGGACCGCAAUGACUUUAGAUGAAACACUUUUCAGAGGCCGUGUCAUUAAGGUAUUGCCAAAAAGAACGAAUAUUCCAGGUUUCAGGACUACGGACCGGUUCUUGCGUGGAGGCUGGCCGAGAGGACGAGGUUUCCGUGCAUCGAGAUUUUACAGCCCAUUCAGAAACUGCCAAUUCAUUAGGGAAAAUGGAAGAGCUCAUCCUUGGAUUGAUUCUUUUUGA